CAGUGGGUCAUUUUAUUUUGUGGGUCAAAAUAAGUGUUGAUUCUCUUGCAUUCUUUGAGAAAUAAUUUUUCGGGCUGGAAUUUGACGGUUGUACAUGAGAAGGGUUCUUCAGAGAUUUCUUUGUGGGCUCUGUUUUGCAGAACUGUUUCUGGGUUUUCUGUUCUUUUACUGGAAAUGUCUUUUAUAUUUGUAUCAUGUAAGAUGCGAUGAAGCUUCCUUUCUGGGUUUUGGGUUCCUGUGAGUUUUGAUAGAAGUAUUAAUGUAUUAAUGUUUCUUUGUGCUCGUUUUGUGUUUGAUCUGAGGUUGGAUUUUGUUGGGUUCAGAGGUGUUUUCUGUUUCAAUAUUUCAUUUUUUUUAGGGGAAAAUGGGAUUUUCUUUCCUGUUUUAUAUAAAUUUGCACCGGAAGUGUUGAUGGUAUGUUCUAUUUUCAUUUCAUGUGUGAAGUUGGGGUUUGGAGUCAAUGUCUUCAAGGGAUUGGUCAAUAGAGGUUAGAAACGGCUUUUGUUGUUCUUAUUCGACAGUGGAAAAUCUUUUAACUCGUUUUAUAAUCUUGUGCUUGAGGGAGACCCUUUUCCAAUAAUUUCAGCGUAGAUAUGACUGAAGACUGAACAGUUUUUGCAUAUUUAGGGGGUUGUGUGGAUUAAGUGUUUUGAGGCAAUUACUGGUUUUUUCAGUCUUGUGUGUUUUCUGGCUUGAUUAAAAAAUUUUGGUGGUUGUAUAUAGGCAGUUGAGGUAGAUCUGUUAACAGUAGGAAUCUGAACUUGCCUGUUAUCGAUUCUAGGGUUUCUAGGGUUUUUGCAACAGGAUUUUUAGUUUUGUGGUAUGGAAUGAUAGUUUUAGGGUGACUGUUCGUUGAAUGGGGAUUCAGACAAUGGGGUCUCAAGGUAGAGGUGGUGAGCAGCAGUUGGCUCGGCAAAGCUCGUUGUACACUCUGACUCUAGAUGAGGUUCAGAACCAGUUAGGGGACUUGGGGAAACCUCUGAGUAGCAUGAACUUGGAUGAACUUCUCAAGAAUGUGUGGACUGCUGAGGCUAAUCAGACCAUGGGAAUGGACACCGAGAAUGCUGCCUCUGCUGGACAACUUGCUUCAGCUUCGGUUCUGCAGCGUCAGGCGAGCCUGACAUUAAGCAGGGCUCUGAGCCAGAAGACAGUUGAUGAAGUGUGGAGAGAUAUCCAACAAGGGCAGAACAAGAAUAAUGAAGAGAAGAAAGCCCAGGAGAGGCAACCCACUUUGGGUGGGAUGACAUUGGAAGACUUCUUGGUGAAAGCAGGUGUUGUUGCUGAAGCAUCUACCGAAAACCUGAAUGCUGCGCCUGCCACAGGGGUUGAUUUGAUGGCAGUGCCCCCACAAAGUUUCCCACAACAGGCUCAGUGGUUGCAGUACCCGCUCACUUCAGUGCAGCAGCAGCAGCAACAGCCUCAACAUCCAGAGAAAAAUAUGAUGGGGAUUUAUAUGCCUGCACACCCAGUCCCGCAGUCUCUUACUGUGAGUGGAAGCCCUCUUUUGGAUGUGGCGUAUCAUGACAGCCAAAUCGCGAUAUCACCCCCUUUGAUGGGUACAUUAUCAGAUACACAGACACUGGGGCGGAAACGGGUUGCCCCGGGAGAUGUCAUAGAGAAGACAGUUGAGAGGAGACAGAAGAGAAUGAUCAAGAAUAGGGAGUCUGCUGCCAGGUCACGAGCUAGGAAGCAGGCAUACACUAAUGAGCUGGAGAACAAAGUUUCACGUCUGGAAGAGGAGAAUGAAAGGCUUAAGAAACGGAAAGAACUGGAGAAGAUGUUGCCGUCUGCACCGCCUCCUGAACCAAAGUGUCAACUUCGAAGGACCAGCUCUGCCCCUUUCUGACUUGUGUGUUUAUAUGAAAGUUUUGUAGAGUUGUAUGGGCUACAUUUCCUUAGAUUUUCCAUUAAAAUUGCUAGAUAACCCUUAUUUCUCAACCUCCAUACAUGUUGGGGCUAUCCUUGCUUGUGGGAAGGGCCUUGGAACUUUUCUUCUCAGAGGUGCUUGUUGAUUCUGCUGCUGUUACUCUUGGCUUUUCCCAACCUUGAGGUGUUGGGUGUAUGUACAUUAAUUAAUAACUUGAGUUUUACCUUUAUUGAUUUCAGUAGUAGGAUAUGGUGUAUCUAGCUGUUACUUAGUACAAAUCCUCCUGAAAAAAUAAAAAGGCUGCCGGGUGUAUUAUAACAUGUAUAUUUCUAAUCAUGGAAUUUGAGCUGA